AUGAUUUAUGUGGAGGAAUGGUCCUUCCCACUGGUGCAUGAUCUUUGUGUGUAUGUCUACAGGCGGUAUAGGUCAGUAACGCCACACACGAUUGCCUUCUUGGUAAGGUAUUCCAUGUGUUUGCGUAUCGAAGUUUUCCCUUUGUCUAUGGUAUGUAGAGCUUAAGUGACUGCGUGCUAAAUUAUGGGUGGUCCGUAUAAUGUCCUGGAGUUCGAGUAUAUGAGAACCUGAGAAUAUGUAUUUGGAUCUGCGAUAAUUAAGUGUGAAUCAGUGGGUAGUCGAAAGUUUCGUUCGGUGACCGAUAAGUCAUCAGAGAGUACGGCAGCCUGGCAUUCCUGUUGAGGGGUCAGUGGUGUUUAGCAAACUACUUUAAAAGGUUUAUGAGACUCCGAUUAGCGCGCUCACCUAGUUCGUCACUUUCUGGGUGCGCCGUGGUCGUUCUUGUCUAGUGAAUACGUUGUCGGUCGCGUACAUCACGCACUAGUUUACUUCCAAAGUUAGCCCCGCAAAGGGGAGAGAAGCGCGAAAAAGGCAGACCCAGUCGUUGGGGAAGGCAGUUGUGACUGAUAAGGCAUCCUGUCCGCGGGGUUGCACUGCUUCUGCCCAUCUGGUUAAAUAGUCGACCAUAACUAAAAUAUACUGAUGUCCCGAGGUGGAGUAGGGUAGAGGUGCAAUUAUGCCGAUACCAACUCCUUGGGAUGAGAAACCCGUUGGAAUGGAUUGUAGGGGCACGCGAAAACGUUGGUGAGACGCUUUAAAGAAAGCGCAGGCAGGGCAUGCGUUGCAAAAUGGAAUCACCUGUUCGCGUAGAUGUGGCCACCAGGAUCGCUGUCUGGCUGGCACUUUUAUUUUCACCUGGCCCACAUAGCACUGUUCACGAUGGAUAUUAGUUAGGACCUGAAUUACUAGGCUCCUGGGCAUAACAACCCGAGGUGUGAAAUUAACAAUAUCUUUAAUGAGAAACAGGUCGUUGUCAAAAAAGGAAUCGGAUUAGUGGUUGCGCAGGGCAUUUACGGCCUCAGAUGAUCUCCUGAGGUCGUCAGUGGAUCGGUGUCGGCCCGUACGUUAGUGAUUAUAAACAAUGACCGCGUCAGGAUCGGUGCUCUGCACCACGGUCCAAUCAUAACGUGUGGGUCUAUUUAUUUGUACCGCACUGACUACAGUGUUUAGUAUAUCUUUUUAACCAGACGUCGCCUCGCCGGAUAGCGCAUCAGCGGUAGCGUGUUUAGUCUCCGAGCGGUACUGACACGCGAAGAUAACCUGCUUUUUCCCGCCACCAGGAUAAUUGUCCUUCUGCAUCAUUUGCGUCCGGUAGCCGCUAAAGAGAUCUAUGGCAGUUCGAUUGAGCACACACGAAACUGUUUAGUAAACGCUGCUAAUGCGAAGAGUUCGCGACGGUAGGUGCAAUAGUUGCGUCACGGUUUGGACAGCGUCUUACUUAUGAAGCAUACAGGUCUUUCUGUUCCGGUGCAAUCAGCCUGUGAUAGUGCUCACCCAUGGGGAACCCGCUGGCCUCUGUAUCAGGUAUAGACGGGGUUCGUCUGCCUCGUGUAAGGAUGCGGACACGAGGCGCGCUUUUAAGCUGUCGAUAUUCGUCAGUCCGGCUGAACUCGCGUCCUUUCUCUGUUAGACGACGGAGUGGUCGAGCAGUCGAUGUGGAGUGCAGAAAUUUUUUUCACUAAUUUGACAUUAAUUCAGGAAAAUCGCGGAGUUCGGUCACGGAUUAAGUAAUGGGCUAUAAUUUAAUCGCACUGAUUUUCUCUGGAAAAGCAGAAAGGACACGUGUGUAGUCAGCUCGUUUAAGCGCCGCUAACCGACACAAAGGCAUUACUCUUCGGGACCAUUGUAACGGAAGAUGUCUAUCAGUGAGAAGGACCAUUCCGCACUCUCAACGUCAUCCUACCCUCCACAUACAUCAUACGCGACGCAACUAUGAUCGACAACCCAUAAAUUACUGCGCAUUUCGACUAAUUAAAACGAUUAACAGAACAGCCAACGCUCUAACUAUCUGAGUUACGAGACCCCACCGGGCGACGCGAGUUUAAUCACAUUUGGGUCAAGUUACCCGCCCAACCUACUGCAAGGUCUGGAAUCCACCAAAUCUGAUACAGUAAGUUGACUGCCCAAGCAGGAUUUCCUUAGUAAUUCACCUAGAAUUCACCAGAUGACUACCAGGCUAACGUAAUUCAUAGGUAUUUUGGCAGAUUUUGAAUAAUCCCACCGAGGCGCCGAGUUUUUCACAGUUGAAUCAAUAUGAAUUAUUCAAAAUCUGCCAAAAUACCUAUGAUUAACAGAACGUUUACUCCUAGCGUCGACCGAGAGUCUACCCAUUGUUCCCGAACAAUCAGUUCCAGAAUUGUCGAAUGAAAUCACUGUAGACGAACCACUGCAAUACAUACAUCGAGACCGCGCGGAUAGGGCCCCCUUCUAGCAGGAAGGCAGUGUGGGUGGGCCAAGUGAACUGAUUAUCGUUGCGUUUUAAUUUCAUAGAGAUAGAAAAACACAGAGAUCCGGUUCAAAAGGCAUCGCGGCUUCACUGUCCUUUGUGGUUAUAGGAUUUAGGUCAUAUACUGUAGGUAAAUAAGCCGGUAGAUAUUCCUUGGAAAUUUAACGCCUGGUUCAGUUCCCGCAAAACAAUUCGAAGUUAUGGUUGACAAGAUGUUGUUCCGUGCACUCCUGCAACGCUGUGUAGCGUCAAGCAGAUGAGCCGUCUUUUUGAAUCCCACACCAGCGGCACACUGUCCCAGUUUUCUUAUCUAUUCCUUUCAACCAUUGGUUAAGUAAAGAAAGCGCCGUUAGAAAUCUUAAAGAUGUUUUGAAAUGUCCCACAGCAAUACCCAGAUUACAGACAAUUUCCACAACUUGAUGUAAAGCUAUAUUAAACUAUGGUUGAUUUUCUAAUAUAAGGAACGCGGGAACCUUGAUCCUAAGUACCUAAUUUCUUGUCACUUUGGAAGUAGCACCGAUUCCUUGGACACCCGCCUUUUCUUAGUAAGCUUCGUAAUUAUACCUUCACAAAAAUUACAUUCUAGAACAAUGACUCCAAAGUUAGGCGAGCCGGCACUUGAUGGAUGGAUAGGAGCACACGUUUGCACAUGCUUGCCUGAGUCAUGCACAGCUCAUUAUGCGACACUAGCCGGUUCCUCCAAAAAAUAAUGACACCGACUGGCUCAUAUCUUUGAUGAUAAACUUCGCCUAGAGGGGGCUACUUAUAGAAUGCAUGACGCUGGUCGUUAGCCAUCACAGAUUUAGGCCGGCGUUGCGUCAUCCUUGCGUAACUCAUUCACUAAGUCAUGUCCGAUUCUUCUGAAUGCUCAUCGCCGCCGUGGUGGCCGUAUUAGAAAGUGAAAAAGCAUGGAUUCAAACAAAAUGUCCGGUCCUACAGUCCUCAGGCUUUGUACUUGGAACGCUAUUUAUAGGACGACUGUCGUGGAUCACACUGAUUUGUGAUGUUCGGGAUACUGGAGCCGGCGAAACACUUGUGUUUCCGUCUGUUGGUGUUGCCAGUGGUAACAGCUUCCACAUGUAUCCUGUGUGCAAGAUCGAAUUUUUAUCCACAGUUGUCAUGACUGACCGUUUCUACGGCGACUACUGCAGUAGCAAUAGUCGGACACAUCCCUGUAGACUACCUCCGAAUCUUUCCCCCACAUCCGGUGCCACUGUCUUCUUGACUGAUAUCUAUGGACAUGCAGUUGGUCGACCUGUUCUCAUCUUGCUUUGAAACAGUUGACUAGCAGUACUAGACCGUAAACACCUACACAUAAAACGUGUUGUUUUAUGUCCACCAACUUGGAAACUGUUGUGCGCUACGUUGUCCGUUGUCCUCCUGUUUUUUCAUAUGCUUAUUUUAACAUUUUUCCUUUUGGUAGAGGAGGGAGGCACUGUGGUUGGAUGGAUCCGCUUGAAGAAUUUGAUCAUCUGGUGAUGUGCGUCCUUAUGCACCAAUUCUAUUUUUAGCUUUCUUCCCGAUGCUCCUAUCUUCAAGGGUCGUCUCUCCUCGGAGGAGGAUAAAGUACUGUACAUUCUUCAGGACGUUGUUUCUUUACUCAUUGAAGGGCUGGGGACACGUGUAACCCUAAUCAGAUCCUUCUUCAUUCCAUUGAGAUCUGGCGUAAGUUUUUCAUCCUCGUAACUUCGAUUUUCUAGAAACAACUGCCUUCCAUUGGCCUGCGUCUGAAUCCCUCGCUGGCACACAGUCUGAUCAUCCGUGGACCGCCCAGUGGGACAGAAGGUGGCAAAACUUUUAGGCAAUUCUGGGGCAGUAAAUCUGAGCUUCGACAUGUCGAUGGAGACCUGUUUGAGUGUGUAGUGUGGGAAUCUUCUCAAAAUGUCACUUUGCAAAUCGUCGACCAUCUCCUUGCCCGGUACGUUGUGUAUAUGAAAUAAUCCAACUCUCAGCCCGAUGUGCGCUGGCCUAAACACGAUGUUGAGUUGGCAAACCUGAGUGCUACUUACGUAUGCGUCAGAAUAUGGCUUUUGCUGCUGUUAAUUCUCCUAAAACUUCCUGAAAAUCCCCUAUUAGACCAGAAUUCUCAUUCCUGGAGUCGAGUUUCCCCUAAGGUUUCAAUUGCGUCGGAUGAGAAAUGGAUUCGUUAUUUCUAAUUGGCGCGUCGUUGCUUUGUGGUGGACGGUUUGUUACCAUUGAUAACCUCUGGUGGAACGUACAAACAGGAAAAAGGCUUGCAGUGUUUUGACUGGACUCCCCUUUUUCUGUCUAAACGCCUGUGUGGGAACUAGUUCUUAGGUUUCCGUUCUAGCUGUAUUCCGGGUCGUAAAUCAAUUGGACACGGGGAUAGGAACCCUCGCCCGUGCUACGGGUGACCUUGCGCGACAUUCUCGUUGCCUCCCAAAAGUAAGUUUUAUGUGUGAAAUAACGUUCAAAUUACUUUCAAACUACUAGUCCCUCCAGGCCUUUCCAAAUCCUGGCGACUAGUUGGACAUGGGAAUAGGAACCCCUCCCCCCCAGCAUAUAGAUGAACAUGAGCUACACUCCAGGGUGAGUCCGGUUGAAGUUAAGGUUAGGGUUGAGCUUAAUGUUUGGGUCAAGGUCGAGGUUUGGGCACGGGAGUAGGCACCCUUCCUGAAAUUUGGCGUAGGGUCACCUGUGAGUUCCGUAAGAACGAUCGGUGAGCGCCCCUCUACCAUUGUAUAUUCCCGAUCCAAACCCACGGGACAACGGGCCUGUGGCCCAGCGGUUAGAGGUGUUUGACUUCUAACUAACAGGUCGCGAGUUCGAGGCUCGGGUGUUCCACACUUCGGGCUUGGGUAUGACUGGCUGACGACGGCCACUAAGCCAGAAAUGACCAUUCCAGUGUCCCUUGUGUUUGUCGAUAAUAGCAUUCUACCUGUAUCAUGCGCCGCUGUGCGGCUGUUGGUUGGGCUUGAGAGAGCCCGUAAGGCACAACAGAAGGAGUGAGUUCCGUAAGAACGAUCGGUGAGCGCCCCUCUACCAAGGUCACCUGUGUUGCCGGGGGGGAGGGGAGGAUACAGCCCCCAUUCCGGUAUUUCAUCCUUAUUAUCACUUUUUUCAAAAGCCUUAAUAUCCUCCUUCUUCAAGUACUAAAUGAGAAAUAGAAUCAAUGUCGUACGAGAAAAUGGGUGCAAAUCUGGCCACAUCUCCUAAGACAUAUACGACUACCUUUAGGAAAACUUUCGAGAUGAGUCAGAAGUUCACGCUGCCCGUGUAUCAGCCUUUUCCGGGGGUAUUUGUGCAAGUAUCUGGGAUGGUGCACAAGUAAACCCCUGUGUGUUUAUAUUUAGGCAGUAAGGUAGGCUAAUGCUUCAGAAAAACCAGCACUGGACUAGACACGGGAAUAGGUACUCCCUGGGAGUUUGGUGCAAGGGGACCCGUAAGACGGGGAGGGGUUCCUGUAAUAGCUUUUUACGUCUUCAAUCAGUCAUGCCAAAACCGCGGGCGACUUUGGUGAUCGCGAUCAGAUACCUCAGUGGCCCCAUUUGCAACUGCGGACAGCAUCCUGCUCUAAUUCGAAUCGCUGUCUCUCGUGCGGUGUUCGGCCUCUCUACCUGCUCUGUCGUAGUGACUUGGUUACUCGUGUUGUUUUAUGCUCUCUCAGACCCAUUCGCAUCUCGUUGCGAACACAGGUGAAAACCACAUAUUGACACUGCUCAUCCCUCCUUCCCUUUCUUUCAAGGCACUUUAAGUUGGGAGAUCAGAAAGCCGCUCGGAACUGGUAUCAAGUGACCUCGGAUCGCCUUAACAGCCUUUUGUCUUCCUUCGCUCCUGCACAUACCGCCGUCGAGUUUCCCCCUCGGGCUAGUUGCCUGCAUCUCAUCCGCACUGUGGAUAGACUGAAUUCAGUCCUACAGGAGCUCAACAGCCAUUUACCCCUUAACAUUGUUGGUGUCCAAGCAAUCUCUUCAGAGUUUCGUGAUACCUCCGUGUUUCCUCCUAUUCUGACCGUUCCUCGUAGACUGCGUAAGAGGGCACGUGAGAAGAAACUAAAGACGUUCUCCUGGAAGGAUGUGCGUCACACUCUGCAACCCAUAUACGGUACGUUGGAUUUGGCCUUCGUAUUUGCCGUUUUGUGAGUCCGGAAAAGGUCAAUUCGUCGUAGCAUUGACCCUCCGUACGAGUCGCCCUGUCCGCCCAUUAGGCGUCCACUGUCUCCUCAUGCUGCAACCGGCACAUUACUUAAGCUGACACUAUUUGGAUUUCAAAACAGUUGGAGUACAGCCCCGGCAGAUGUAAUGGCAAGAUCUUAUUUCCUAGCCAUUCCUGUUAGGGGUUAGGUUUAGGGGGUGGGGUUAGGGGUUAGGCUGGGGCUUGUUUACUGCCGGUAUGGCUACGAAAUAAGAUCCGACCGAAGUAGUUCCUGAAUAGACAUCUCUAAAAGUGUAUCCGUUAGUGUCCUGACAGACUACUUCAUAGGCCUUCUAGACAGACCUCCAAAAUAAGAUUUGCCGACCAAUGUAGGUUUUUUGGGCUGAAGACGCUCUUUUCUGGGCUUCUCAACUCAAACAUGCCUAUCUAACCACGAACAUAUCUCUAACACGGGAAUUUGUGAAGUACUAUUAGCUGCUCGGGGUUUUUCGACUGAGUGCAGAGACUCGCUGAGUCAUCUGUCCGUGGUGUUCAUUUAUCAAAACUUUCUUCCAGUCGUUGCCAUGUUUCUAAACAGCGUCUUCUACAUUUUUGCGUAAUUUCUAAUUCGGGACGAUUGGGCAUGCUUUCUCACACCCUGAAAAUCUUAAUUUAACUACUCGAAAUGUCAGACCUCCAGUUAACCUCUCCUGAUGAACACCUCUUCUUUUGAUCUACUCUUUUCCUAGACUCUAUAGCCGCUGUUAUCGAACCCGAUCGUAAUUGAUUACUUGCGCCAGCAGAGGUCGAAAAGCAUAGGAUUGUGAGGCUUAGGGACUUUAGUGAAGAGAGUUAAAAAGUGUUCCCGCCUCUGCUGCUUCGUAAACCUUUUCCUGAGUAGGCCGGACUGUUCACGGGAUGAUCAUUCUCCAACUACUGCGAAGAUGGACAGUCUGCGGUGGUCGCACGUUUCUACCUCAGAUCCUGAUUUCUUCUGAAAACCUGAGUGGUCUAGGAUUUCAAAAGACAAUUUGGGCGAGCAUACGUCUGCUUUAGAAAAAUUCUCUUCAAGCCUGUGCAUUUAUUAUUGCUAUUAAAAUAAUGAGUAAAAAGACGUGGACAAGUAGAUAAUUAUGCUGUAGCUCGGAUUUGGGGAGGGGAGGAGGAGAGUGAAACACCAAAAUUCCAGUCAGUGUCAGGUUGAUGGUGGGCACCGGGACGGGUAAUUAUAUGCGGGUGGCUAGCUUGGUGUGUUGGACCCAUGGCAGCUCUAGGACCUGUGUGAUGUUCUUCUGCGCACAUAGGACCGGUUUGCGUAACCUGAUUGCACCCGUCUCUGCCGUAGUCAACAGACUCUGCCCACUUAUUUUUGGAUAGCUUGACGGGACUUUGUAAAUCGUUGGGAAGGCCUCUCUGGCAUCUCAGUGAUCUGUAGCUUCCCUAUGAUAGAGCCAGUCGUGAGCUCUGGUUAGUGCCUGCGUCUUUUGCCUCUACCUCCUGUUUUUUUUGAAAUCGGUUGGAGACAGACUUUUUAAGGUGAAUAUUUCGUGACUUGAAUGCACCCAGACCCAGUGCGUUUAAACCAAGUCUUCUGUUUAGAGGCCAACCGAUUCCCUUUACUUCCUUUCUGUCUUCUAGUCAUCAUUAAUAUCGAAUCCUCGGGGAAGUGGCCAAGAGACAACCUAGAUGCAUUUUUGCACAUGAAGAGGUUGUUUCUUCUUCGCGUGAAUGAACUACUCUGUCCCAAGGGCGUUCCUUCACGUGUAGUCGACAAUGGUAUGCUCGACAUUUUCCUGGUAAGUCUCUCCCCUAACGAGGCCAGUCAUCAGACGAAAUUUAAUAAACAAUCUUUUCUGGAAUUAAUGAAGCUUGGCACAGCAGGUUGUGUGGCCUAAUUUGAAGAUCCAGGACUAUCGGUGUUUGUCGAAAGGGACGCGCAGCUUAAAGUUGACUGGGUUGUUUCAUUAAGCAGGCGAGGUUUUCUUCGAGAACUACGAGCGAGGCUGUAUUUAGUGGCGUCAUCAGGAGAUCACGAUCUCCUGGGUCUUGGGCAAAUGUGACCCCCGUUUUGGUCUAACGCAACAGCGGUCUUUUGUGAGGGGGGGAGGGGCAGUGGUUGUCAUUUAAUCACAGUUGGACAGACCGGCCUGAGACUGGCGCUCAUACAUUCACCAAAAACCUGUGCGACCCUGAAUACACGUGUUCCUACAGUUCUCUCCCGCUGCCAUUAACUCGGGGUUGGAUACGAAAUAGAUGGGGACACAAUGAGAGGGACGUAACGAUAAUUCCCACCAAAAAGGCAACGCUUGGAUGCCGCGUCGGAUUGUGUCCCAGGCCAUCGUGAUGCACGGUUUCUACUUCUCCGGCCUACCAGAUAACGGCAGAUCCACGUUUUGACGCUUUGCAAUCCAAUUACUUACCCUUCCAGCCCAUCUCCUCUCCCAGCUUGUUCCAUGCUGGGAAAACGAGGCUCCUCGUGGCGGGUUGCUUAGUGUGAAGCGGUCUUUCCCUUGGUACCUCAUAAACGAAAAGGGGUAGUUUGUCGAAUUUCACUGACACCGGUGAAUGCAGGACAUCAUUGCCCUGAGGCUGACUUUAUACCGUAAGGGAGCGUGCGCUUCCUCCUAGAGUUUCUUCCAAAGCCGCACUUUUAGGGCAUUUCCUCAGUUCGUCGGGCGCACCGAAAUUGACUUUGGCCUUAGUGCCUGGGGAGUCGAUGCUUCUCAGUUGUCUGCAGUGAAUGCAUGAUGAUAAUGCAGUCUGUUCUGGUGAGAGCAUGAUAAAGAUCUGGGAAACCUACACGAGUGGGAAUAAGUGUCUUUAGUGUACUUGCCGUGCACACUGCUCACUUCUGAACCACCAAGCCUUCCCUGCUCCUCUCUCAGUCUCUUUCCCUCCGCCUAGGGUGGCCUGGUCCUACGCGUGUCAUUUUACCAACCAUUGGAGCUUCUGCUAUUGAAGCGGGCCACAGGCCUUCUUCCCAAUUCGAAGCAAGCCCGUAGCAAACAGCAGUCUCCAUCAAUGGCCCUGUCGGGCACCACUGCUGCCCUACGCACACCGGUCGACCUCCAGCGUUGGUUGCUUUUUAAUGAGAAGCUGCCAGCGGUCGCCAGUCAACUGAACACUGUCUCGCGAGUACACCUCAACACCUUUCCAGAGGCCUGUCGCCUGGCCAAGCGCUGGCUGUCUGGCCACGGUCUGCCAGUAGUCCGGUGUCCGGACCUGGGCAGCGAGCCCCGUGGUUUACCCGCCAGUCGUCCGCUGUCCCUCCUCGGCGACAGCGACUUCUCCCCAGAGUUCCGCCUCUCCGAGAUCGCGGUGGAGUUGAUGGUAGUGCGCGCAGGUUUCUUUACGAAACCCGUCAAAGGCACAGUCCAGGAAAGUCCUUUUGGUGUGGAGGAAGAUGAGGCUGCGCUCUCCUCGGCCUCUCCACUGGCGACUUUUCUGCGUUUCCUUCGGCUCCUGUCGACUUUCGACUGGGCGGGCAGGCCCCUCGUCCUCGACUUAAACGAUGGCUUUGUCGAAGGUAUUAACUAA